AUGUCAUCAGAAAGUAACCCGUUUUUAUUGGAUGAGGAAAGAUCAGAAGAUGGCAAACUUGGGAAUAGACAAGAUAGUGCCAACCUAACUCUGAGAGCCGUCUUCCUACAUCUUUCACUCAUAUUAUCAUAUACUGUCAUUUUUGUACUCGCCCUCUUUCGAUCAAGUUGUUCUAAAUCAACCUCAGUUUAUCCUUUGCCAGGUGUGAGAAUACGAUAUGUACCAGUUGCUCCUCCCGAUCUCCCAUCUUCGCCUUACGCUGGGCCUCCGAGCGAGUCGGUAGACCAAGCAUGGCAUGAUCUAUUGAAAGACAUGAAUAUACGGGUCACAACCGAAGAAUUGGAAAAGAGGAAUCAAAAGUCCAUAUCUUUACCAGAAGGUGGUGGUCAUAUGAAAAUGCUUCGACGCUGGAACUAUCGGAAUUACUACUAUCCCAACAUAACAGAUCCAACGAUUGAACAUUGGGAUAUCCAUGCAGAUCACUGUUUUGAUAUUUUACGCAGUGCAGUAAUGUGUCAAGGCGACACAACGCUCACAACAUUCGGAUGGGAGAAAUUAUCUAAGCCACAGCCGCACGUCAAAUCGACAGAACAUCGAUGUGUGGAUUGGAACGCGCUAAUGGACUCUCUCGCCGAUCGUGUAGUCGGUGAGGAAGAGAUGGCUGCGCUUGUAAAUCCUAGAUUGGAAGAAGGUGCAUAA